GGCGCUAACGUGCAGUAUGGCGGACGAUGGGGACGGCAGGAGCGGAGUAGCUGAUACAAGUGGUGGGCAGGGGACAACAACAGAGGUGUUGGAUCCAGGGCCCGGUCUCGGCGGCAUGCUUCUCAACUUCGCCUUGCUAAUUCUGUUUUUGGCCGCGUGCUACGGCGUUUACCGACGGUGGUUCAGGAGGUCAGGCGCCGACGCGGGCCGAGGAGACGAGGCCUCGGCUUUGCCCAAGAUGGGCCGGCGGGACUUCACUCUGGAGCAACUGCGGGAGUACGACGGCGUCCAGAACCCGCGCAUUCUCAUGGCCGUCAACAUGAAAGUCUUCGACGUGACGAGCGGCAAAAAGUUUUAUGGACGCGAGGGGCCAUAUGGGAUCUUUGCGGGUCGGGACGCCUCUCGUGGUUUGGCUACGUUUUGUCUGGAGAAAGAUGCACUACGAGACGAAUACGACGAUCUGUCAGAUCUCAAUGCUGUUCAGAUGGAGAGCAUCAGAGAAUGGGAAAUGCAGUUCAUGGAAAAAUAUGACUACGUUGGUCGCCUGUUGAAGCCUGGUGAUGAACCAUCGGAAUACACAGACGAGGAGGACAUAAAGGACCAUCUGAAACACGACUGAUGUGACCAAAGCCUGAGACUCAGACCGCUAGCGUCCAGCCAAUUUGUCCCUUGUAGCCCAAACAUCACUCUUUAGCCCAACAGCUCUAAACUAUUGGACAACUACUAGUCCAUUGGAGUAGAUUCCACAGAUUAUGCAUCUCUUCUCCGAUCUUACAACCCCAGGCAGGAGUGUCUGUACGCUGUUCAGCAGCAACUGUGCUACAAAAUGGACGGCUCAGAUAUAGAUCUGUGUGGUAACUUCCAGAUUGGAGCAUUAAAUCUAAACCAUACUUGCCUCAAGGUGUCCCUUUAUACCUGCUACAAACUCCUGUGGUUGUUCAUCCUCAUCUCCAUUCAUACCAUGCUCUGUGUGCAUUUUUGUUUUUCCCUGCUGCAGCACACCUGCUUCAACUCGUCAGCCAAAUAUUAUUAAGCCCUUUUUGAGCUGAGUACGGUGUGUUUAGGAAGGGAAAAUCAAAAACAUUUGAAUUUCCCAGGAUUAUAAACAAUUUGCGCUCUGCUUCUUUUUCCUCAAUGUCCCUGUCUGCCUCUGUGCUCCAUCACAGUCCAUCCAAAUCUACUGUCUUGGAAAAAGGUAUUAGUUAUCCCUUCGUGUUUUCCCCACUCUUCCUGCUCCACUGCAGCCAUGGGCCUUGGCUUGGUCUCCUGUUCACCUCUUUACACUUGCUCCAUAUGCUUUAAGAACUUAGCCCCAUAUGUUUAAGCAGUCCUGGGUCUUUUAAAAAACAAUCCUGCACAUGUGUGUGUCCUGGUGAUGGACUGUUAAUGUGAAAAAAUGUUAAAAUGUAUGAAACACUGAAAUCCCACAUUUUUAAUUCAAUUCUGUUGAUGAAAAGCCUUAUGCUAAUGGAACUGUCUGAAAGAGGGGGGUGAAGUGGUGCGAUCCAAAACUGGAUCACAAAAGCUGCACUAUUUUUAUUUUUUCUUUUCUUUUCUUUUCUUUUUUUUUAAACACAGCAUCAUUUUAAAUCAUCUGCAAAUUUGAGGUGCAUUCAAUUAGAUGGUCAGAUGUUAAUACCAAUUAGCCGAUCUGAAGUCUGAGUUGUGGGUGUGUUCUCUUUCAGCAUUACAGAUUUUCUUUUCAUUUUUUUUUUUUUUUUGGGUAUGAUAUGCACUUCUGGUGCCACAGCUUAAUCACAGUGUGAUUGUAUGCAUUCAGUUCAGGUAAGUGAAGAGGGAAAUAUUGAGGGAGUAGCGAGAUCUUGCCAGAUUUUUUUUUUAAAAAUAAAGAACGCAAAGGGAAAAUCGGCUUUCGAUCACUUAAAUUCCUUGGAAUGGCAAUUUAACAGUCAGUCCUGUUCCCCUUCAACCCAACUCCUUAACGGAAACAGUGCGAGUAGAAUUUGUGCCUUAUUUUUUUGUUCUCUUCAGAAACAAUUUACGGCAAAAAGAAAUAGAAGGCAAGUAGGAAAAUGAAUACAAAACUAUUGCCCCUUUCUCACAUUCUUCUAUUGGUGGUAUUAAACACUCUUUACUAUGCGCCCUUUUUAACUAUGAAAACAAUGAAAAGGCAUGCAUCACGCUUGAAAGAUCUUUCCCCACCUCAUUGCCACCUUGUACAUAGACUUUAAAGAAUAUUCAGUGUUACUGCCAUGUUGCUGUAGUUAAUGGACUCUAUGUACUACUGUGUUGUAUUGGCCAUAAAUCUGUUCCAUCAUUCUCUCUCUCUCUUUAUUUUCUCUGCUGACGUUCAUUUUAAGUGUGGAAGAAACAGUAUAAGAUCUUUACUGGAGACUAGGCAGAGGUGCGAAGGAUUAAACACUUGUUUUGUUGAAUAUUUUUUUGGGGAGGGGGGGCAAGUGGUGGAUUCUGUAAAUAUGUGUAUCAUUUUAUUGAAGCAUGUUUGGCAUAACUAUGAGCUAAUGGUGGUUUCUCCCCACGUCACGUAUUUAAUUGUUGGGACUCUGUGUGUGAGUGAGCGAGAGGAAGAGAUGUGUCGAUGCAUAAACAAAUAAACAGAUUUGGAUAAUAAA